ACUAUUGUGUCUUUAUGUGUAAACACUUGGCUUGCUGUUUGGAACUGCUAAAAUCAUAUUUUCUGUUUGCAAAUGUUGUUUACAAGUCUUGUUGCUGAUCUGAAUCAUGGCUUACCAUCUCCAUUCUGGCUAAUACUUCAUAUAUAUCUAUCUCUCAGAAAUGUUUUUCAGGACUAUUUUUCAGAUAUCGAAAAAGCUAACAUCUGCAAGCUCAGUGUUUUCUUCAUAUCAACCAAACAGAUGAACAGAGUUCAUCCACUCUGUCUUCCUUCAACUCCACUUUUGUCACUUCAGAUCAGCCAAAGGCCAUGGGUGCUUUCCAAUGCACCAGACAAGAAAAAAGACUAAAGAAUACGAAGAUGAAGAAAAAAAAAGAUGAUCCAUCAUCAACCAUGUCUGAUAGUGAUGAGUGAAAUUGAGUGGCAAUUGAUGGAAGAAACCUUGUGAACUGUGGAUGUUGAUAAGUAGGAAAGUGAUGGGGAACAGUGACAUGGUGCCAUGAAUGAGGGCCCAAUGUGGCAUGGAGAGUCGGAGACUGGCAGUGGGUGGGGGAACAGCCUUCGCUUAAUUAAAAGAGUAGAAGGUGCCUUCACGGGAGUAGUGUACUUAGGGCUCUGAAUGAAUUAAAUGUUCAUGAGUAAAUUUGAUGUUAUUCAUGUUCAUUUAAUAUAUAUAAAGUCAAUUCAAUAAAUAAACUUAAACAA